GCGGUCGAGCCGAGGUUCUGCCCCUGUUGGCAGGCUGAGGCAGCGGUGAGCAUGGAGGGAGCAGUGUCUGACGUGGGGGUCUGUAACCUGGCCUACGCCGGGCGCCUGGAGGAGUUGCGGGCCCAGCUGCUGCGCGACAAGGCCCUGGCCACCAAGACCGACCAGGACAACCGCACCGCGCUGCACUGGGCCUGCUCGGCAGGACACACGGACGUGGCCGACCUCCUCCUCGGCCUUGGUGUGCCUGUGGGCGACAAAGACGAUGCUGGUUGGACGCCCUUACACAUUGCCGCCUCGGCAGGCCGCGAUGACAUUGUACGAGCGCUCAUUGCCAGGGGUGCUAACGUGAAUGCUGUCAAUCAGAAUGGCUGCACGCCUCUGCAUUAUGCAGCCUCCAAAAAUAAGCAGGAGAUUGCACUCAUGCUCUUAAAGAAUGGAGCUGAUCCGGAUGCAAGGGAUCAUUUUGAAUCCACCCCAUUACACAGAGCAGCAGCUAAAGGAAACCUAAAAAUGGUACAGAUCCUCCUGCAGCAUAAUGCAGCUGUUAAUAUACGGGACUCUGAAGGGAAUACUCCUCUUCAUUUAGCCUGUGAUGAAGAGAGAGUGGAGGAGGCAAAGCUGCUGGUGUCUCACGGUGCAAGUAUUCACAUUGAGAAUAAAGAAGAACUGACGCCACUGAAAGUGGCAAAGGGUGGCCUGGGAGCCAUACUUAAAAGAAUGGUGGAAGGCUAGUGGAGACUUGUGGCUUGAGUCUUUCCUGUUGCAUUUGUGUGUAGGUCUGCAAACUUUGUAUUUUGACAGUUUAACUAGGAUGUCAUGUGUGGACAUCAGCAUGGUAAUAAAAUGUGUAUCUUUAGCUUUCUUUCAAGUACAGUGCCAAAACAAAUCUUUGUACUUCCUGUUAAUUGAACAGUUCACUGUUUUUAAAGUGUUUUUCAGUAUCUUGCAGUUUUCUUUCACUUUACAGUGUAAUCUGUAUAAAUGCAGUUGUUCCUUUUAAUUCAGAACCUAGAUUAGGAUUGCUUUUUUUAAGCAACAGGACCAAAAACAUUUUAACCAUUUAAAGUCAAUUUUACUUUGGAAGCUUAUUCUAGAGUCUUUGCUUUUUGCUUCAGCCUUUGUGGUUUGUGUGUGGUUUGGGUUUUGUGGGUAUUGGUUUUCUUCCUUCAGAUGAUUCUAAACUACACCUCUCCCUUUGUAGAAUGCAGUUUGCUCAGUUAUUUGGAUGAUUGUAUCUGUGUUUACUCUUCUCAGUCUAUUCAAGUGAGCUCUGGGUGUUUAAAGUUUUUCUGUUGUUUCCUGUUUUUAUCCUGUUUCUUUGAAUCUUUGAAUGUGUAUUUGAUCAAGUCACUGGACUGCCUAUGAAAUGCAGGCACAGCUUCAGGGUCACCUCUGCAAAUAUAUUGUCAUAUAAUGGAUGGUUCUGAAUACUGCUCUGAGAUGUACUUAGAAUCUAAUUUAGUUUUCUCUUGCUCCAUCUGUAGAUUUCUUUUUCUGGUCUGUUUGACUCCCAUUAUGUAGCACUUAUAUUUGCAGUGUAUCAUCUUAUUUUAUAACAGAAGCUUGGUUUAAUUGCUAUUUACUCAUAGCAAAUCUGGUAUUAUUAGAAGGCAGAGCUAGUGAUACUGAGUCUGAAAAGUGACCUUCUCUUCUGAUGUUGAUCAGAUCACUUUUGACAUGAGUGGGAUAGCUUUCCUCUUCCUAAACAAACGAAGCUGAUGAAAUUAUGUUAAAUAAAGAUCUUUCUUAAACAGC